ACACUCCCAACACGUAAAUUAUUUUUGUUAUUAUAUUCCCAAUUUGGGGAUUCAUUAUAAAAUGAAAAUUACGUGUGAUACUAAAGAAUGCUGCUAUUGAAAACGAAACUUUGUGGAAAAAAAAAUACAAACGUUACUUUGGCGCGCUUCACCUAAACAGUUGUUUUAAUGGCUGCAAAUGUAAUCAUACCGAAUGGAUGUGUCCUAUGAGAGGAGACGUGUGUUUCAAAGGGGAAAACUUUGACAGGCCGUCUCGAACAUGACCUCUGUUAUCAAUUCGGUGUCAAUACAGUCCUCCAGUCUAAGGAAGAAGAAGCCUAAUGCAGAUCCGGAACAGGAACAAGUUGCCGUCCCCGACUCUACCACUAACUUAGAGAAGGAACGCAUCGACUUUAGUCCAGGUCAAGAUGUCCUCCUUCGAAAUAAAGACGGCUGCUAUUACUUGGGGACUGUUAUUGCCGUUGAUAAUGCUAGAGAACAAUGUUUGGUUAAGUUUGGUGAUAACACGCAGAGUUGGUCGAACGUGAAAAAUUUGAAGAAACCUAAACCGAAACAGGAAGAUUUGUUGUUGUGCGUUGUAUGUAAAAAAUCUGCUUCGAAGGCUAGUAAUGAAAUUACUGUUUGUGAUUCAUGUAGUCGAGGAUAUCAUAAGAAUUGUCAUGAUCCUAAGAUACCUGACGAUUGUCAAAAAAAUGGAAAUAUUUGGAUGUGCAAAAGAUGCUGGUGUACAGAAUCGGUUAGACAGAGAAAAGAGGUAUCAUGUAAGGUUGGUAAGAAAGAAAUCACACUAAAACAGGAAUUGGAUGUAGCAGUCAAAAAAGAUCUACAGCACCUUUGUCAUUUUCUUACAAUUUUCAUUUCAAAUAUUAUCGAGGCUUUAACAUGGGAUGCAUAUCACAGGGUAAAUUUUGAGAAAGUUUAUUGUUAUUGUGGCGGAAAUGGAGAAUGGUACACACAAAUGUUACAAUGCAGCAGAUGCAGACAAUGGUUUCAUGAGAAAUGUGUAAAGUGUUUAAAAUUUCCAUUAUAUUGUGGAGACAGGUUUUAUGUGUUUGUGUGUGCAGUAUGUAAUGAUGGUGUAGAAUUUUUACGACGAUUAGAACUGAAUUGGGUGGAAUUAGUUCAUUUAAUGUUAUUUAAUUUAACAGCGUAUAAUGUUAUGAAGUAUUAUGACUUGGAUAGUGUCAUUAUUCCUUACAUUAACGAUAAUUGGCAUGCACUGCAGCUUCCACCAAAGAUUUACAAUGUAUCAAUAUAUGAUAGAAGAAAUAACAUUCUUUCCGUACUUAUUCAUAAUCGUAAUCGGUUUAAAUGUGGACGAGAACUUAAGAGAAGGACUGCUAUAUGGGGUCUAAGAGUUCGUCUACCUCCACCUGCUCCGUGUAUUCAUGUUCCUUCAAUAGGUCCAAUAAAUGAUGAACAAUUAAAGCAGUUGUGCCAAAAUAGUCGCAAAAUUCGGUUUUUGCCAUUUGAAAGCGACAGUUCAUUGGGUGAUCGUAUGAUUGUACCGGUAGAUAAUCAUAUGGUGAACAUUAUGAUGGGCACUGCGUAUCUUGAAAAUGUUCAGUCGGAAUCGGAAUCACCUUGUCCCAGUCCCAUCGCCGAUCAAGAAGAAUUUAGUGAAAGUUGUAAUUAUGACCUUUACAAAACAGAGUUCCGUGGUGGUGGUUGUGUAAAGAAAAGUGUCCCAUUUUCCAAAAUUAGCUUGCAACGUAAGAAACGUAGAUUACCUCUAAAUCAUCGUGAUAAACCUUUGCGGAAACAAAAACAGAAAAGUGGUAAACUGUCGAUGACAAAAAAGAACAAAGACAUCUUUCGUGCAAAUAAACAUCUUAGUGUAGAGACUAAAAAUAAUAAAAGUAACGAAACACUGCCUUUAACGCCUCCUACUUCGGUUUCUGCACCGCCCACUCCCCCAGCUUCAAGCACUUCCCUUUCGGGCACUGACAUUGCAACCGAUUAUUGUGAAAAUUCUAAUACGUUCACUCAACAUUUUAGUGAUAUUAAUAAAAGUGUCAAUAAUAAAUUAACAAAAUCAAACUUAACUAGAAAUAAUUUAUCUUCAAGAUUAGAGUCAAACUCUAUAGAACUGAACACUCCGUGUGAUACUUCAGGAGACGAAACUUCCUCAAAAAGCACCUUAGAUUUAAUUAUUCCUCCACCGAAAGACUUCAAGGGUCAAAACAACCCUUUUUUGACCCUGUUGAGGGGAAGUACUGACCAGAAUAAGAAAAAGAGAAGCAAGGACGCUAUUACUUUACCAUUGCCGUUAACGGCCGUCAUUCCUGGUAGGCCUGUAGGAAAACCCCUGAAGAGACAGUUAAGCGAAAAGGAUAUCUGUAUUGGACCAAAUGGUGAAGUAAAACGUCGCCGGCUACGUAGAGGACGAAUCGGUCAGAUAUCUGCAUUUCCAGUUGGUGUACCGACAGCCAGUAAAACUGCCGCAGUUGUCCCGGUUCGACCGGACGCGAAAGAAUGGGGACAACGAAACAUACGCUCUAGUCUUAAUCAGACGUCACCAAGUGGAUCUCAAAUAAGUAACUGUGUCGAUUACGCGCUCAACGCCCGCCUUUUAAGGCAGAAACAGGAAAAAACUCAAGAAAAGGAAAAAUCCUCUACUUCCACGAGUCCUAAACACAGUCCUGUUAAACAGGAACCGGAAAUAGAUAUGGAUGAUUUGAAAAAUUCCGUUAAUAUCUAUUUCGGCGCUGCAAAUCGAAUUGCGGCGGGCGAAAAGUUUUUUGUUAAAGCUAAACGUGUUAAUUCAAGUGGUAAAUUACAAUAUUUGAUGGAGUGGCAGGGUUCUAGUAAUGGGAUGACAUGAUCUUUUUUAAAUAAGUGUUUUAAUUAUGUUCACUUGUUUCUUUUGAACUGUGUUCAUACAGUAGCUCAGUUAACCAAAAAUGUAGGAGGUUGUAGUGCUCCAACGAAAAAUGCAAAGCUUUUUAACUCAUUUUCUGAAACAUAACAGCAGGAUAAAAAAUAUUCUGACUCGUCGACAAUUAAAUAUAUUAACAUUUUAUUCGGUUAUUGCUCUUUGAACGAAAAGAAAGAAGAGGGUUGCUAGGAUUGUUAUGCACUACAAUUUGCAUGCUUGUCAUAAGAAUCUUGUUAAAAUGUUUGUUAACAAACUGUAUCCCCUACAGAAUUGCUAUAAAUUUGAAAUUGCAUAUCCUAGAAUGUUUGAAGAAAGUAAUAGCAUUUUGUGUAAUACAAGUAGAUGUGCGUCCUCCAUUCCCUGCAUUAUUGUGUACCUAAUAAGAGCAGUUAUGUACGUAUUCUACAGUUUAUUAUAUUUUUAUCUUAUCAGGUUUACUGAGCUAUGAAAUAAUUUUACUUCCUAUUAUGUAUGCUUUUAAAAAAUGAUGUUUCUUCGCAAUUUAAUUAUAUGAAAGCGCCCAGGUCAAGAGAUCUGCUAGCGGAAUGUAUAUAACUGAAGGCGCCCGAGCGAAAUAUGUAGAAAAUAUGCGAUUACCUGAGCGGUAUUGUAAUGUAACAUACGAAAUAGUAGAAGGGAGUGCUUCACUGUUGUUACCUUUAUUUUUUAUUUUUGAAGUAUCUUCUGAAAUUCCAAGCUAAUUUUAGUAAAUAUAGCCGUAUCAUUUUUCUCUAGCAAAAUUUUGAAGUGUUUAAUAAAGACUGGAAAUAUAAAUGUGUUCAGUACAAAUUUUCAAUAUAAUUAUUAAUUUAGAAUAAGAAUUUACUUUAGCACUAAGAAUAAAGGAAUACUUCUCAUGAGUUGAAUAUUCUACAAUUUUAACAGAUAAACAAAAGUUUUAAAUUAAUUAGUUUGUGAUACAUUUUAGUAAUCGAUA